AUCCAUCGGAAAAGUCAAUAUUAUAAAAACGCUGACGGUCUUUCUCGACGACUGUGUGAAGAUUACGGGUGUCAAUAUUGUGCUAAGGUGGAAAUGAGAAAUAGCUUCCUAGAGGAAGGGAUUGUAAGACGUCUUAUUUAGGAAGGAGAAAACUUAGAAGAGUGGCAGAAAGAUCAAAAAGAAGAUCCAAGCAUUUCUUUCAUCUAUCAAAACAAAGUCUCAGGAGAACGACCCUCGUGGACAGAGGUUGCUUCUAAAGAUGCUUCUUAUAAAAUCUAUUGGUCAUAUUGGGAUGCACUUGUUUUGAGAAAUGGUAUCCUUUAUAAGAGAUGGGAGUCUCCAAAUUUGAAAUCAAAAGUUUUGCAACUAGUUGUUCCGCGUACGCAUAUUAGACGAAUUUUAGAAGAAGCGCACGAUUCUUCUACUGGAGGUCACUUUGGAGUUAAUAAAACUCUGGAGAAAAUUUGUAAAAGAUUUUUCUGGACUACGUGUAAACAAGAUGUUGAAGAAUGGUGUAGAAGUUGUAAAAUUUGUGUUUCUAAAAAGGGUCUUUCCCGAAAAGGAAAAUCUCCCUUACAAAUUUAUAAUGUAGGAGCUCCAUUUGAGAGAAUACAAAUGGAUAUACUUGGGCCUCUUCCUCCAACCUCCUCUGGAAAUAAGUAUUUACUCGUUAUCGUUGAUUGUUUUUUCAAGUGGGUAGAAGCCUUUCCACUUAAGAAUAUUAGGACUAAUAUGAUAGCAGAGAUUUUAGUCAAAGAAGUUAUUUCUAGACAUGGUGUUCCUUUCGAAAUUCAUACCGAUCAAGGAAAGAAUUUUGAAUCUAAAGUGUUUUUGGAAUUAAUGUGUAUACUUGGAAUUAGGAAAACGAGGACGACUCCCUUACAUCCUCAGUCUGAUGGACAGGUGACAAUCGCAUUGUUCGACGAAGCCUUGUCAAUAACAAAGAAGUCGUCUUGCCGGUUCGUGAAAAGAUUAGUGGAACUAUAACAACACUUUCGUCAAACGAAUUACAAGCUGAAAAGGAAAAUAGGUCUCAUAAUGAGAGAGACAAAAUCGCGAAGUCUACAUUAAAUUACGAUGACGAGGAAAUUUUAAUUUUAUUAGUUCAAGAACGAAGGCCCCUGUGGGAUUUUACUAUUCCAUUAGAACAGCGAUGUCAACGCAUAACAAAAGAACUCUGGAAUGAAGUGUCAGAAACAUUGAGAGGUAAACUUAGUGGUGAAGAAGCAAAAAAAAAAAUUUAAAAAUUUACAUGACGCCUAUAGACGAAUAAUAAAUAGUGAAAAACGCCCUAGUGGGUCGGCUAGACCUCUCCCUACAAAGAAAUGGCACCACUAUGAAUCCAUGGAGUUUUUGCGUGACUUAUGCCUUGUCAAAAAGGGAAAAGUUAUUUCUAAUAUUGACGCUAUUGAUGUCGAUGACUCUGCGAGUAACAUUGGCGAAUCAAUAAAUGAUGAUGCAACUUGUGAUGGUCCAUCAGAGGCAUCAGACAUACGUAUCACACAUGAAGCUGAUGUCUAAGUUUGCCGUGAACAUUCCUACCGGAUUAAAUGUCGGCAUUAAUACUCCGUUGAGCUAUCUCUGUAGGAUCAUACGUAUUUACGCUUUAAAACCGGAAGUGUUGGUUUGCGGUAUGAUUCUGGCGAUUAUUCUAUUUUACAUACAAGCCGUGGAUAUCUGGAAUAGAACACUUCUAGCAAAAUUUCAAUAUACUCUGGGACGUACUACAUCCAAGUUUGCAGCCGAUUAUGCUCGAGACAAACUCAUCUCCAAUAUCAACAAAAAAGUUAUUGAACUGAAAAAUUUACUAGCCGGCAAAGCAUUUGCUUAUCAAGAUGAACUGAUUUUAAACGAUUCGGAGAAUAAGAAAAAUAAUAAAAACGACAAUAAAAGAGAUGAAAAACUACUAGAUCGAAAAAAAUCUUUUCGAAAAGUUGCAAGUACAUCUUUGACGGACGAUUAUAUGAAGAAAGCUAUUGAAGUGACUGAUCCGGUAUUACUCGAUAAACUGGAGAGCAUAACGCCGAUUACGAGAGAGGUCAGACCGUGUAGAUCAGGAGAGAAAACAGUACCCAAAGUGGACACGAUGAAUUACAUUGAAGGAAAUAAAAUCAAUUAUGGUAGGCUUUUAACGGACGAAGUUCUAGCGGCGGACAGACUAUUGGUGGAAACUGCCAAGAAAAAUAUGGAUGUAGCUGGUACAACUGCCUUAAUCGCUCUUUUGGAAGAUAACAAACUGAUCGUGGCAAACGUCGGAGACUCCAGAGGAGUAAUGUGUGACGAAAAGGGCAAUGCCAUUCCCUUGUCUUUUGACCACAAACCUCAACAAGAAAGGGAAAGGAAAAGAAUAAAUAAAGCCGGUGGUUUAGUAACUUUCAAUGGCGUAUGGAGAGUCGCCGGCAUAUUAGCGACUUCUCGAGCUCUGGGAGAUUAUCCUUUAAAAGAUAAGAAACUAGUAAUCGCCAAUCCGGAUAUUCUAACAUUUGAUUUGAACGAUCACAACCCUAUGUUUAUAAUAUUGGCGUCUGACGGCCUGUGGGACACAUUUUCGAACGAGGAGGCUGUGGCCUUCAUCAAAGAACGCAUCAACGAACCACAUUUUGGUGCAAAAAGCAUCACAUUACAGAGUUUUUACAGAGGAUCUGCGGAUAAUAUCACCGUCGUCGUGAUUAACUUAAAGGACCGCAAGUUUGGCAUGUCGGAAGCAAAGAGGAAUCAGUUAUGAUCUUGGCAGCAAAUUAUUUACUUUUUCACUGUAAAGAGUCUAGUUAUAGAAUAAAUGUAACUUGUUGCAAUAUAAGUAAUAAUUUAUUACCGAAAA